AUGUGUAUUCUUUUGAAAGCACUUUUCUGGACGACGGCGCUUCUGACGCUGAAGGUAACGUUGGCCUGCGUGAGCACGACGGGAACGAUUCCAAUCACAAUCACGACGACAACUCCCCUCAUGACGACAACGACUGAACGGAAGAUGGCCGAAGAUACCUCCACAACCACCACUACCACUACUAGCGGACCGCCAGGUAGGCUCCAGAUCGUAGAAAGUUUUGAUGGGAAAAACGGUGUUUCUUUGUGAUUACAUCAGAAAAGAUUUUUGCUAGAGCUUUUUUGCUACAGUAAGUCGAUUAAAGUCUGCGUUUCCUGAACCAAAAUUUUUCGAAGGUUCUUUCGUUUUUUGAAGUUUGCUUCGAAAACCGAAAGAACCUUCGAAAAAGUUUGUUUUUUUAAACGAAACUUCAGUGGCGCUGAUUUGAAAAUUCUGGCCGAGAACUUUAACGGUUGCAGUCACGACACCAUUGUGCUGCGACGGACGUCCAGAGAACACAUCACAGGGGCUGAUUACGCCGCCUUUCACCUCGGAUACCUGCGAAACGGUGCCACACACGUUGACCUGCGCCUACAGUGGCGCCACCAUACCUGUCCACAACGUCGGCAUGUACAUCAACGAUUUCAAUGUUGUGAGUUGACCGAGCGAACUGCAAAAACUUAUCGAACUUCCAAUUCCAAAUGACGUAAUUUCAAGUCGCGCUUAACGAGCAGUGAACAAAAAGUUUUUCAAAAACUCCCUAGAAGUAGUUUAAUGGAAAAGCCAAUUAAAAACUAAAUAAAAAAUUUUGGUUUGAACUUUCCAGACCGCUUUUGUAAACUUGGCUAUUCAAAAACCUAGAAAAAAAAAUUCAGGAUAGCUUUAUCUUUUAAUUUUCAGCUCUCUGUUCUGACUGCCGCAAACUCGACAGGGUCUUGGCAGUUUGUUUGUGACACCAGACUCGGAAGGUUCCGGUUCACGUCGGCGCAGCUCAGCAGCAACACCUUCAACUUCAUCGGCUGCGCCUAUGUCGACGACAUGAACAAUGUGAUAAGAAAACCAGCCAAAAAGUAA